UCAAUCAGAUAUCGUCGAUUUUAAAGUUCCGCGUUUUGUCACAACCGCCGCUUUGUAAGUACGAGUAAGCGCAGUUCUUAACAUUUAAAAUGGAUCUCGAGGCUAUUGAAGAAGCAAUGUUACAGGCAGCUCUCAGAAGCAGCCUCAACGACGCACAACCUGGAACCUCAAUGAUUCCAGCAGUAGCAGAACCUGACUUGAGUUCAUUGAACUCUAUGCUGGGAAAUCUUCUGGGUUCUACUGGCGGAGAUAAAAGCAAUGAACCGGACUUAAGCGACUUGAGUUCACUCAGUUCUAUGAUGGGAAACCUUCUCAGUUCUGCUGGUGGAGAUAAAAGCAAUGAAUUAUCCACUUCGUCUAGCACUGCUGGUAUAAGCAACUUCGUUCAUGAUUACACUAUACAGACACCAAGUACUGCUGAAACAGAGGAAGACAGUGCCAUCCUUCUCCUGAAAAGAGAUUUUGUUAUUGAAGAAAGAGCUAGAGCACUUGCGUCCAAUUCCAAGUAUUAUGAAGCAACCUCGAUUCUAGAGGAGUUACUGGACAUGGAAGAUACUACAUUUGGAGUGAAAUUACUGAUUGCAGACUGCUAUUUACAACUGGGCAGAGAAAAUAAAGCAACUAAAGCCGUAAAUGGAAUCAGAAAAAUAAUUUUGAAGUCUUCAUUCACUGACGUAAAUGAGAUAUUAGAUCUCGCACAAGUGCUAACCGCUAAUAAGUGCCACGUUCGAGCUCUGAUCUUGUAUAAAAUUGCAAGUGACGUGGCUGUAAAAGAUUCCAGCCUUAAGCCUGACGAUAAAGUUGAAAACAUUUUCCGGUCAAUGGCGCUCAUGCAUCAUGCAAUCACUGAGAUGAUAGAGCCAGAGAAUAGUGGUGCGAAGCUACAAAGAUUGCUUCAAAAUUUAUCGGAUAAGACAAGCAUCAUUGCGGGUUCAACCAAUCAAAGGCCAACUGUUGGAACAGAUAGGAAACGUAUUUUAGCCUUAGAUUUCGGUGUUGAGUACAUGAACCAAAUGCUUGAAGAUUUACAAACUGUAGAAGGAGCUGAUCCAGACAGACAAACCUUGAAACAAGCAUGGUGCAUCAAUUAUAUUGGAUUCGAGCUUGCAGCUAUGGGAGAAAACGCUAAGAGUGAUAAAGUCAGAAGUAGUGGCAUUGCCGUAAUGGAGAAGUUGUUUGGCGCACACGCAUCGCUGCAUAAAAUUUACGGCAUAUUGUUGCAUAAUCUAGGAAUUGUGCUCCACAAUCAAGAAAAAUACAGGGAAGCUGAGAAAGCUUACGUCAGAGCAAUUGAAGCGAAGGAAAACGCUUUGGAUCACGACGACGCAAAUGACAAACGACGAGACAUCGAAUUGGUAAAGCAAGCGCUCAAAGUUACUCGACAGCAUCUCAAAUGAAAUGUAUUGCUUCUACAAGUGAACUUACAAAAGUGUUACAAAUUUUUGAAGAAAUAGAAUUUUGAGUUUAUUAAUACAUUGUAUUUUCCCCCAAUUACGGGUUACUCUGUGUGUAAUUUUAAACAACUGGCGUAAGAUACUUCAUGAUUUUGCAGUAUUAUAAACUGGAUUUAGAAAUUAAAUACUCCUGAGAUAAAAAGUGAACUUUUUUAUUCACCAUUGUAAAAGAAUUAAUUAGUGUUCAUUUGCACCAUUUAUACUUUGUAUAUAUAAAAAUAUGAUCUGAUUAGACAAGUAUUUCUGUCAAAACGAUGGUUCUGGGAUUAAGCAGAAAAAUUUCACAAACAUUCUAUUUUGUAAAACUAGUAUAUAUAAUACAUCAACACAUGAUGCAUUAAUGUAUAUUUUGCAUGGGAUGAUGUGUUUCUGUGAUAAAAUAA